AUGCAGAAGAUCACAGCCGAUAAUGGAUCUCGGCAGCCAAUGUUCUUGGCCCUCUUGGGACUACUGCUCUUUUUUUCGACCAUCACGGUGAUCCUCAGGAGACAUCUUGCCGACUUGCCUCCAGAGAUUCUCAUUCCGACUUUGAAGCAUUGGUACGCAUACCAGCUAGUGUAUCCGUUUGCUCUGCUCUUCGUCAAGGCAAGCAUCCUCGCGCUCUACUACAGAAUAUUCUCGCAGAAGGCGUUCAAAAUAUCGGUCUGGGUGAUGGCGACGACUGUCGCUACGUACACGGUCGUGGUGGUGUUUGUCAACGCCUUCGAAUGCCCACACAAAAUCUCCAAUGCGUGGAGCCCGACGUUUCCAAAGGGCUGCAACAAUCUUCCCAAGGCAUACUUUUCGAUGGCCGGGAUUCUCCUCUGGUCGCAGGUGGAAUGCAAUAUAGCCAUCAUUACGGCGUGCAUCCCGCCGCUUCGGCCAAUAUUCAAGGGGACUUUCCGAGGGAAUUCGUCCGGGCGGUCUCGAAGAGAGGGAGGAAGCAAGUAUGCAGGCGAAAUGUUCCCUCCGGACCGCAGGUUCAAGGGACAAGAGCUCGUGGAAUUCGACGUAUACAGUAGACGUCACAGCGAGCUUCAGAACACGGUCAGCGGCGGGCCGGACAACGAGAGCGAAGAGCACAUUUUGUCGAGCGGGCGGUCGGGUAUCCUCAAAACGAUGUGCGUCGAGACGGUGUCAAAUCCGACGGAUGAGUAG